AUGCGCAAGGCCUUGCGCCUUCCCACGCUUGAUGUGCAGCAAAGACCCCUCUCUGCGCGGAUCUGUGUUUCAUCGCUCUUUCUUCGGAUCGGAAACCCCCGAGGGAUGAGGAGCAUGCAAGACCGCCGGCCGGUCAGGAUGCGGCGCAUCGCUUGGCUCCUUGCCUUUCUGUUGGCUUUUCGUGGACUCGCUGUUCGUGGACUCGCUGUUUCGCGGUUUUUUGGUACCCGGCCUGUUUCUGGCCCUGACAGCCUGAUCAUGGAGACAUUCGGAGAGGUGUUCGAGUACGUCUCUUCCGCCCUGGACUGGUGGCACGCGGACGGGUAUUGCCGGCAGCGUUUUGCUCACCUGCCCUCGGAGACCUGGGACAGCGAACUGGCAUCUCUUGGCAAGAAGCUGCGCUCCCACCAAAUCCAGGGCGCCGUCUGGUUAAAUGACGAGGAGGUCUACCUGCGGAAGCCACGGCACAGGCGAAUCCAUUCCAUGCCCAUCUUGAUGUUCCAGAACAAAACGGACACCAAGUUUGUGAAAGUCUUGGCCGACUUCCCCGCAAUGCCAGCCGUGAGUGCGUGCGCGCACCUUCAGUGGGACCAGCAAGCCACUGAGAUCUCCACUAUCUUCUCUUAUGCUGUCUCGGCCUUCAUCAACGAGUUCCAGCUGCGUGGAUUCAAGGACGAGGACGGCUUCGUCCGCUUCGCCGUCAUCCUCCACGGGCACCACUCCCCGUACCUGCCAGUGUUCCGGGCCGACGGGCAGUGGCACCACUUUUGCGUUGUGUGGCAACAGCGCAACGGAACGUGGGCCAUCUAUUCUGACGGGAAGGAGAAGGCCUCAGCCACGGGGCUCUCCACGUCCCACACCGUCAACGCGCAUGGGACCUUCAUCAUCGGGCAGGACCAGGACUCCCUCGGAGGGGCUUUCAAGGAGAAGGAGUCCUUCAGCGGGAACCUCACCGGCCUCCACGUCUGGCACCGCGUCCUCACCAAGGAGCAAGUGGAGAAGGUGCGCUCCUGCGUCCCCAUCGCCGAAGGGCUGGUGUUCGGCUGGAGCCGCGAGAUCCUCGAGGUGGAAGCGAGUGUCGAGGAAGCCACAGUGCAGCUCACUUGCCCAGGACCCACGGAAGAAUGCCAAGUCCUGGAAGUCACCCAUGGGAGCGUCCGUACCAGCUCUUGCCUCCGUCCUCAGCCUUUCGUCUGCCGCUACCCAAAAGAACUUUAUUUCUCGCUGAAAGAAAUGCAGUCCCGGCCUGUCCCUCCGCUCAUUGCGCAGGUCAACACGCAGGCGAACGCAACCAUGAUCCCUGCCAAUGUUUUCCAAGCUGACGUCCAAGGCCUGAAUGCUUCGGCCGCGGCCAGAGUCCUCGGGGCGGUGGAGAAGGUCCUGUCGGGCACGGAGCUACCUCCUCUGGAUGCAGGCGGCCUCCUGGGGGUCUUCCAGGUGCUGAAGGAGGUCUCAGUCACCUCGGUGGAAGCGGAGGAGCCGGAAGAGCUGGAGACUCUGGGGCAGCACUACGUGAACGUUGCCGGGAUCAUCCUGGGGGAAGAGAACGCCAAGGAAUGGUCUGAGAUCAAACCGAUCAUCGGCGGACCCAUGGCGGUGGUUGAAAACGUGGACAAGAUGGCUUCCGCCUUCCACCAGCUCCUGAGCACAGAGAGGCCAAAGGUCACCUUCCAGAAUAAUAACAUGGGUGUAGAAGUCCGGCGCAUGGAGCUUGGCACGCCGGCUGCGUAUGUGAUGCCGAACCAGCGCCAAGAGGCACCUGAUUGGAUUGAGGUUCCAAUAGAGGAAAUGGAGAGGCUGAGAGGAAGAGUGGAGGUUAAUGACCUGCAAUGGCCUCUUGUGUUUGAGGAGGAACCUCCUGCUUUGAUUCUUUCCUCAGGCCUGAAGCACAUCACCCUCACCAACACCUGGUACAGGUACGGGUCUCUGCAGCGCCUUCUGAGUGGCGCCGGUGCCGUGUUCGAGGAUGCCGCUGUGUCGGAUGGAGGACGGAGGUACGUCAGCACCCAGGUGGGCUCCUCCAUCAUCUCCUCCACGCUGGUCAGCGAUUACGAGGAAAUCAGCACCUCUGUGCAUUACAGUCUCCAUCACCAGGCCCAGGCUCUUCCAGACCAGCUUGUUGUUCCCGUCUGCGCUUUCUGGAACUUCAGCAGAAGUCCGGAAGGAGUCGGAAGUUGGUCCACCGCCGGCUGCUCUGUGGUCAAUUCCCACCCGGAAUUCACCGCCUGUUCCUGCAACCACACCACCAACUUUGCGGUGCUGCUCCAGGUGUUUGAGGUCCAGGGCGCUAGGACAGGGAUGGCGGCUGGCAAGCCGCGUAGGGGCGCUGGGCGUCUUUUGUAUGCUGGCCGGGCCGAUAGCGGAGCCCGCCAGGACGCUGACGUCCCCAAAAGCGAGCGGACCACUGUGCACAAGAACCUGAUCUUUGCCUUGGCGGCUGCAGAAGCUUUGCUCAUGUUCAGCGAGUUGGCCAAAACCAACCAGGGAGUGUGCUUCGCCGUCACGGCCUUCCUCCACCUCUUCUUCAUGGCGGCUUUUGCCUGGAUGCUCGUGGAGGGCCUUCUGCUGUGGAGCAAAGUGGUGGCGGUCAACAUGAGCGAGGACCGGAGGAUGAAGUUUUACUACAUCACCGGAUGGGGGCUGCCCAUCAUCAUAGUUGGCGUGACCCUGGCCACCUCCUUCAACAAGUACGUGGCCGACAACCACUGCUGGCUGAACGUGCAGACGGACAUCAUCUGGGCCUUCGUUGGGCCGGUCCUCUUUGUCUUGACGGUGAACACCUUUGUGCUUUUCCGGGUGGUGGUGGUGACCGUGUCCAGCGCACGGAGGCGCUCGAGGAUGCUGACGCCCAACAGCAGCCUGGAGAAGCAAAUCGGCAUCCAGAUCUGGGCCACGGCCAAGCCGGUGUUGGUGCUGCUCCCGGUCCUCGGCCUCACCUGGGUGUGCGGCGUCCUCGUCCACCUCAGCGUCACCUGGGCCUACAUCUUCAUUGUGCUCAACUCCCUCCAGGGUCUCUACAUAUUCCUGGUCUACGCAAUUUACAACAGCGAGGUACGCAACGCCAUCCAGCGCAUGAAGGAGAAGAAGAAGGCACUGUCCUUCACGAACUGUUCCCAUCCCAUCAAUUACCUGUCGAGCCCCAGAAACACCUCCUGGGAGAUGGGCAAGUUUGGCCCUUCUGGCCCAGAGAGCGCAGCCAAGGGAGCCACAGCGAAGGAGUCCAUGGCGAAGACCCCCAGCCACAAAGGGAACUUCGGAGCCAAAAUGCCAAUGGGUCUCUCGGCCAUCAUGGCACCGGACAGGCCGGCUGUGCAACUGACGGCAUUCAAAUCCUCGGAUUGGGGGACGGAGGAGAGGAAAGAGGGCCCUUCCCAAGCCCACCCCAAAGGGGAAACGGAGGCACAGGUGUGUGCGCCGCCAGGGGUCCCUGACCCGCCAUCAUCCGAGCACAACAAAGCCCAGCCGGCCUUCUCGCAGAUGGGGUCUGGUAAAACAGGAGCCAAGAUCGGGUUGGUGCGCUACCUGGAUGCGGUUGCGGCAAGAGCAAUGUGGCUGCACCGAAUGCUCACAAGGAAAGCCAAGGGCCAGAGCAAUGGGUUCGGGAACAAGCUGAGGAUCCCCGCUGUGUCUCUACGUCUGGAUGAGGAGCGAACAAGCUGCAAGAUCCAAUCCCGACAAGACAGGGUCUCCAUGGCGGCUUCUGAUCGUAAAAACCUGAGACCAAUGCCGCGGAGUAAGGGUUAUUACAGCGUGGCAACUGAGUUGGACCUUCCCCGGGACGUUACACUCCCCUGA